ACAUGUGGCAAUCAAGCCACACGGUACACACGUUUCUCGCUCUUUUUUUUUCUUUCUUUCUUUCUUAUUUACCUUAUAGUGAAAAUAAUCGAGUAAUAACUUCAUCACAAGUAUAGAAAAUUCACGAUAGUAUAGAGAUUGUACAUGGUACUGUUACAGGAUUCUCUUACCUCUUUUCUAUGGAUAUUUUCAAGAUUAUUUUUGUAAUCGUUUGUAAUCUAAAGUACCACAGCUACGGAAACACGUUUACUUUUUCUCUCUUUGAAAUACGUUUAUUAACCUAAUUCACUUUCAUCCGAAAAUUUUACGAUUUGUACCUUUGUGUACGAUAAUACGCUUAUCAAUAAACGAAUUGCGUCGUCUGUGUAUUGAGCACGAAAUUAUAGUUACAGGCAGCAUAUGGUUUCUUCAGAUACGCGUGUCAAAAGUGUGCGAACAAAACGCGUUUACCGUAAAUUGUCGCGCAAUGUGAGUGUCGUGCAUAAAAAUAGGAUACGAGGGAGAUAUUGGCCGAUAGUUGACAAGCGAAACGAUCCUUUCGAAAACUUAGUGAUUUACCGUACGGAGAGUGAGUUUAACGAUAGUAGUAACAGCAGUGGUAUUGCCGGGUCUCGUGGCUACUAACUCGCACAAAAACAUCGUUUUGUCAGUAUCAUAUCGUCUUUUGCUGUCGCGGAGGUUAUAUAAUUUCAACGAGCGGUCUUUUCGUUAGGAAGCAUGAGGAGCAGUGUCCAUUCAUUUAGAUAGUCGUCAUUGUUCUUUCGAGUAUUCGCGCCAUAUAGGCCUUAUAUCCUCCGACGAAGAGACCUCGUAUGUUACCCUCGUACGUUUGGGUAUCAUGAAAGUGGAUAGGAUCACCAAUAGGCAAUUACGCCGCUAAAGAUGUUAUCAGUCGUCGCUGUUUCUUACCAACGGUUGUAACAAAAAUUGGGACCAGACGGAACGCAAACGGCACAUGAACCGAAAAAUGUCCACGGUGAUAGGAUCAGACUUUCAUGUGUCAGGUCAAAAUUACGGCACCCAACCAGGGGGCCAGGGGGUUGGGGCAGGUGGGACUGUAGGAGUACCUGGGGGCAGAGGACCUCCACCACUCGGCGGCUUACAGUCCAUAGGACAAUCAGCAGCAGGUAUUCCACCAGGAGGUCCUGCUGGUGGGCAAGCACCACCACAAACCCCAGCGCCCGGGGUACAGUCACAACCGCCGCAAGGUCCGGCUCCCACAACGACUCCUCCUGUGCAUACUCCGUCACCACAGGAAAUGGGAAAACAGGCUCAUUUACAACCCCAGCCACAGCCUCUAUCACAAGUAUAUGGGCCAACACAAACAAGACCAACGUCUCAAGGUUAUUAUCAAGGCCCUAGGCCACAACAGCCAAGAGGUAUUAGUCACAGAGGGGGACAAGGAGGCUCUAAUGCACAAGUAGUCGGAAUGUCAGGAGUUGGUGGGGGUGGAGGCCAACCAACUGCGAUUUAUCAUCCAGGUGGUUUGCCAGUUCAAACUGGAGCAAUAUAUCAAGUCCCCCACCAGAUCCCCCAUCAGCAAUCCUUAUAUGCAAUGAACAAUCAAAUGCCCCUUCAGGUAGUAUUUGGUGGUCCACCGCAGAGACAUCAAACUCAUCAAAAUCAGUCUUAUUUUCAACCUUUUCAACAUAAUGCCAUUUUAACACAAAGUAUGUUUGGAUAUGGUGCACCCGCACCAACUCCGCAACCCUAUGGAUAUUGGCCUACAGGCCAACCAAAUACACCAUUAAGUUUAAGUAGGGCAGGUGCAAGUGCAGUCACUGGUGGGGCUCAACAUGUUGCAGGCCCGCUGGCCGGUGCCCAAGGAGCCCCAGUAGUACCACAAGGUACACUUCAGCAACCUACACAACAGGCUCAACCUUUACCCCCAAUGGGUAUAUCCCUAUCUCAAACUGAUGUGUACUCAGGUCAUAAUGGUGGCGCCACAAAUACAUCAAAUAAUACAAUUAAAUCACGAAAGCCGAGAGGACAGAAUGCCAUUACCGAUAUCGUAGACCCAACGACUGGUAAAAAUAUAAGUCAUGAAAUUUAUAAAGAUAACGAAACUAUUCAAAGUGGUGAAUCUAGCAAUCGUGAAACGCCUCAGCCACAAAAUAAUGGCGCUGAGGUGCAAGCCGAUUUUGCAGCCCGGGUUGCAAAAACACUUGUGAAAGUCGCGACCGAAGAGUCCAGUUCUGACUCGACGGUACCGACUUGUGUACAAAACACAUCUACAACUCAAAAUAUAACACAAAGUUUAUCUAAUUCACAACAAAAUUCUAAUGAUGUGAACAAUCAGUGUAUUAAUUUACCUACGACACAGAAUGUACCUAUAACCGCGUUAUGUAGUCAGUCGUUAGGUACCGCUAAUAAUGCGUCUCAAAUAGACUCUUGUACAAUGAAAACCGAGUCUAAACCAUUACAAAUUCCCGUGAAGGAAUUUCAACCUCGAAGUGAAUCGAAAAGUGUGGUUAUUGAGGAACCACCACUAACUGUUCCCCGUACCGUAAAUAAGGAUGAUAUUUCUGCGCAGUUACCCGCAAUGAUCGUAAGCGAAGUUGAAGUGAAGAAUAUGUGUGCCACACCUAUUAUAACACAAACAUCGGUUCCAAUUGUGACUGCACCAAGUAUGAACGCUCCAGAAAUACCUAAACCGUCCACCACUGCCCCAAGUGCUAACCCUGUUCCUGCCAGAGAACCGUUCCCUAAUUUAUUCAAUAAAAAUUCAUCGAACUCACCGCCUAGAAGAAAAUCUCAGUCUUAUGCCCACAAUCAACAACCUGCUGCUAGUGCUGUUACUGAAAUAUCUUCGAGUGCCAAAGAACAGAAGGAGAAAAAGACAAGAGAAAAAAGUCUUAGUUCUAGAGGAACUACUCCUACGCCUGCUCAUCAAACAGACCAUCAUUUAAAAACUAAUGGCGACAUUACAGUCGAGAAAUUGGAAUCAGAAUCAACUCGAACUGAUAUUCAGCAAAAGUCAUCUGAUGGUAAAGCCAUGCAGAAGCAAAAGAGUAAAAAUAAGCUCAAACCUCGUGAACUCAAUCGAAAGGGAGCGGAGAAAGAAGGUACAGAUAUGGAUGCUUUCGUGAAUACGGUACCCCCGGUAAAGCCUGAAAUAAAACAAGACAACAAGGAUCCUUUGACACCGAAGGAUAAUAACAAGGAAGCAAAUCGUGAGAUCACGAAGGACAACAAGGAGAAGGAUAAUUACGAACCGAAAAAAGAAAAGGAGAUUACUUCCGUUCAUGCAAAAGCGGAGAAGCAAACAAUUCCUGUGACGCCGGAUAACCCGAAAGAAAAUAUUCUCAUACAAGCACCCGUUAUAGAAAAGUUAUCAAGCAAUAAAGAAAGUAUAAAGGAAUCUUCCCCUAAGAUAGAGGAUAGUAAUAAAUCGAAUGCAUGCAAUAUGCAAGCAAAAUCAGUUCCUAACGACGUUGUUGAUCAUGUGACUGUUAAAGAAGAACCUGACGUAGAAGCAAUAGUUGCACAAAAGAACGAAGAAAACUCGAAAGUUUCGGCAAUUCGAACAGCCAGCGAGGAGAAGCCGCAGGCAUCCCCGGUUAUUGAGAAAACAGCCGAAAGCGAACCUGCGGCACAGACUGAAACCACACCUGUCACGAAUCAGAUACAACUGAAAUAUAAGUAUAAAGAUGAUCAAUGGAGCCCUAUAAAUCAAAACGGCAAAAGGGUUUAUGGUCGUGAAUUUUUAAUGAAAUUACAGGACGAUCCUAAUAGUAAAAUCAAGCCAUCUAAUUUGCCUGAUUUAGAUGUCGUUUUGAAAGAUAGUUCUAAGACAAGGAAUAACGUUGAACUUAGGCCAUUCAAAGAUACAAAUAUGAAUAGACAUGAUGUUCUAUUCCCUGGAUUCAUAAAACCGACUCUAAAUGCACGAGUGCCACCAUUGAAUCGUAACAAAAGUCAUUCAGGAAAAUCAUCGAAACCAACGAAGCCAAAUGUUAUUCAUGUAUCAUUAUCCCUAAGAGAAGAUGUAAAAUUGAGAGAAACUGAAAAUGCAUGGAGGCCGACAAGAUUAAAAACUUUAAAUCUUAGCGAAGAGGAGGCCAAAACAGAAGCUCUUUACAAAAAAGUUAGAAGUGUAUUAAAUAAACUUACGCCUCAGAAAUUUAAUACCUUAGUUGGUCAGGUUCGUUCAUUGUCAGUCGAUACGCCGGAACGACUGCAAGGUGUUAUCAACUUAGUUUUCGAGAAGGCUGUGGAUGAACCAAGCUUUUCUGUAGCAUAUGCAUUAAUGUGUAAAGAACUUGCUGUGAUGGAAGUCUCUGGUGGAGAUAAAAAUUCGGAGAAACAAGAGUGCUCAUACACUUUCAAAAAACUUAUUAUUAAUCGGUGUCAGAAGGAAUUUGAAAGAAAUCCGGUAAACGAAGUAGCGAGAGCUGCCAAACUUAAAGAAAUAGAGGAAUGUACCGAUUUUGAAAAGAAAAAAGAUUUACAAUUACAAUUUGAAGAUGAAGAACGCAAGACACGUAUAAAAUCAGUAGGAAAUAUACGAUUUAUUGGUGAAUUGUACAAACAAGGUAUGUUAACAACUAAAAUCAUGCAUCGUUGUAUGACGGAGUUGUUAAUUCAGAGUGAUGAAGAUAGUCUCGAAUGUUUGUGCAAGUUAUUAACAACAGUUGGAAAAGAUUUCGAAUCAAAAGUGUCUCCAAACGAAAUUCAAGAUUAUUUCAAUAAAAUGCAAGAUAUUGUUGCACGAAAAGGACAUGGAAAAAUUAGCUCUAGAAUUCGUUUUAUGCUGCAAGAUGUAAUAGAUUUAAGAGCGAAUAAUUGGAUUCCAAGAAGAGAUGAUAGUAAUCCUAAAACAAUAGAUGAAAUUCAAAAAGAAGCCGAUUCUGAUAGAUUAGAUAGCCAAUUAAGUAAUACUCCCUUAAAUACACCACGAAAAGAUGAACGUACUAAUGAUAGAAAAAGAAAUCGUGGUGUUGGGCCAACUGACGAUGGUGGUUGGAGUCAACCUGUUGUAAGAACAAGGCAACCAUAUUCUGUUGAAACAGCUAAACUUAAAAAUAAACCUCCUCCAAUGGAUGAUCUGCAAUUAGGAAGCAGGAAUAUGUAUAUGUGGAAAACACCUUCGAGUUGUGGCUCAAAGGCGAUAAAUUCAAAUAAGUUUGCAUGCUUAGAAAAUGUAUCGAAUUUAGAGCAAGAUAAACGAAUGACAUCUCCACAACUCUCUGGAUCAAGGUCCACUGGUCCAAGAGAGUAUGGUCGUGACUAUAAACCUUCUUAUGAUGGUAGGAGUUCACGUAAUGGUAGUCACCAAUUAAGCAGUUCGUCGUCGAGUAGAGAAAGCUCGUUAUUAGAUAAUUCACAGAGUCAAGGCGUUUCUAUGCCACAAUCAUUAAAAUCUUCGCAAUCUACCUCUAGCUGUCACAAACCCCAGCUGUCGGAAGAAGAGUUUAUGAAAACAUUAAACAAAAUAAUGAAAGAUUACCUUAAAAGUCCAAUACUUGAAAAAGCUUCAUUGGCUAUUCAACAGAACUUUGAUAAUGCAUUAACAAAAUUCAUGCGUGAAUUGAUUAACUUCGUCCUUGAAAAGUCACCUCUCGACAGAGAAUACAUAUCCCUUCUUUUGUCGCAUUUAAUCACUCAAAAAAUUUUACCUAUCUCACAUUUGAGAAAUGGAUUCAUUGAAAUAUUGGAUCUAGUUGAUGAUCUUGUACUCGAUAUACCUAAAGUUUGGUUAUAUUUGGCAGAAAUAUUAGCACAUCCAAUAAAAGAGGAAAUAAUCCCCCUAAUUGAAUUAAAACCUAUAUUUGAUAGUUUAAGAAAUCGAGGAUAUGUAGGAAAAUUACUUGGGGAAUUAUUAUCGAAACUAUCCCGUGAUAAAGGAUUGAAGUGGAUCGCAGAUAAAUGGGACCAAAGUGGAUUUCAAUUGAAUAAUUUAAUUGACACAGAACUUGAAGAAGUUGACAAAAUCAUUAAAGAUUAUAACUUGGAGUUCUGCACUAGUGAUUAUAAUAGUGCCAAAAAUUCAAAUAGUACUCAGCUUACGAUGCAGCAAAUUCAUGAUGAGCUCAGGAGACUCAUGAAGGACAGUAGUUUCGAUGUAAUUUGCGACUGGAUAAUGGGAAAUGUAGGUAAUCGAGUCAAGGAGCCUGAAUUUAUUCGAGUAUUAACGACUGCCAUUUUGGAGACAUCAAUGGAACCAGUCAAUAACAGGUGGAAUCUCAAAAAUAAAGUUUUUGUUCAUUUGCAACAAUUAAUUCGUCGAUUCGUCGAUACAAAUGAAUCUUUAGAGUUACAAUGUCUUUAUGCAAUUCAACUUCAUUUGCAUAAGUUACAAUAUCCACACGGGGUUCUCUUUUAUAUUAUGACAAAUUUAUCGGACUACAAUAUAAUUUCAAGUGAUGCGUUCCUGACAUGGAAAAAAAGUCCCGAACCAGCUCAACGUGAAUGGCAUGGAGUUGCAACUAUGGCGCUUACUUCAUUUUUCACUGGUUUACAAGAAGCUGAUGAUGCUUCCAGUGUAGAAGAUGUAUCGACCAGCGUAAGCCAAGAUCGCUGUUGACGAUAUCGUGAUCGAAUACAUUAUCGUCUGUUAAAAAGACUUAAAUAUAUCUUUCCUCGUUGAAAGAAAUUACGCAAAGUGAGAUCAAAUUGCUGUUUUUUUU